AAAAUUGUCGCACCAGAUGCAUUGAGAGCUCAAGCAGCUGUACAGCAAUCAAAAGUUGAAACUCUCCAGUCUGAGCAAUCUGCCACGCCUGACAUAAACUCUGAGUUAAACAAGAAAAAGGAGAUCGACGAAGCUGUUAAUAAAAGUUUGAAAGAGAAGAAGAAAUUAGAUGGCAGCUUACAAGAGGAGCAAGUUAAGUCUGAAUAUCUCAGUGAGCAGUCAAAGAAUGUCAAGAAUGAAUCAACCGGUCAUAUCAGACAGACUGAGGAGACACAAAAGAAAUCUUUGCAGAAGGAGGGCGGUACUUUGAAGAAUAAGACAAAGUCAAACACUCCAAAAUACAACUUAAAGACACCUAAAGGUACAAAAGAUUGGUCUCCUUUGGAAAUGUCUGUUAGAGAGCACAUUUUCAAUACUAUAACAGGUGUCUUCAAAAAACACGGUGGUGUUACGAUCGAUACACCUGUUUUCGAAUUGAAAGAAAUCCUUGCUGGUAAAUACGGUGAAGAUAGCAAGCUUAUCUACGAUUUGCAAGAUCAAGGUGGUGAAAUUUGCAGCUUAAGAUAUGAUUUAACUGUACCAUUCGCUAGAUACUUAGCCGCAAACUCUAUACCUUCAAUUAAGCGUUAUCACAUCGCAAAAGUAUAUAGAAGAGAUCAACCUGCGAUGACAAAAGGUAGAAUGAGAGAAUUCUAUCAAUGCGAUUUCGAUAUUGCAGGUUCAUUCGAUCCUAUGAUCCCAGACGCUGAAGUUUUGGCGAUCCUCUCUGAAACUCUUUCAAAAUUAGACGUCGGUCCAUUCACUAUCAAGAUUAAUCACAGAAAGAUUUUAGAUGGUAUCUUUGAACUUUCUGGUGUACCACAAGAUAAAAUCCGUACCAUUUCAUCAGCAGUUGAUAAAUUAGACAAACUCCCUUGGGAAGACGUGAAGAAGGAAAUGACAGAUGAAAAAGGCUUGGAUAGCGAGGUUGCUGAUAGAAUUGGUGAAUAUGUCAAACUCUCUGGUGGUAGAGACCUGCUUGAGAAACUCCAACAAGACUCAAAGAUGCAGUCAAAUGAGAAAGCCAAGAAAGGUAUCGAAGAGAUGGAGAUCUUGCUCAACUAUUUGGAAAUCUUCGGUGUACUUCCACAACUCUCAUUUGAUUUGAGUUUAGCAAGAGGUUUAGAUUACUACACAGGUGUCAUUUAUGAAGCUGUUGUUGAAGGUAGUAAAGCACCAGUUCUUGCGCCUGCAGCAACUGCAGCACCUGCGGGCUCAAAGUUACAACCACCGGUCGUCAAGCACACUGGUACGAAGAAGGGAUCUAAGGAUGCAGAAUUAAAGCACGAAUCAGAUAUUGAUGAAUCCCAAAUUGGUGUUGGUAGUAUAGCCGCAGGUGGUAGAUAUGAUGAACUUGCUGGUAUGUUUGCAGGUGGUGCUGCCAAGGAUCAAAUUCCAUGCGUUGGUAUCAGUAUCGGUGUUGAAAGAGUUUUCUCUAUUUUGAUGCAAAGAGUUGAAAAAGAACAGCAAGCAUCAAGAGCAAAGCAAACUGAAGUUUAUGUUAUGGCAAUUGGUGAUGGUUUGUUAGCCGAACGUAUGCAAGUUGCCAAGCAAUUGUGGGACAACAAUAUUAAGGCAGAGUUCUUCUACAAAGCGAAGCCAAAACUUCCAAAGCAAUUCGAAGUCGUUGACAAAGAACGUAUUCCAUUUGGAUUGUUGUUAGCACCACGUGAAUGGAACGAAGGCCAAGUUAGAAUCAAGGAGCAAAAGGGCAAAGAAGAUGGUUCAGGUGAUGGUGAUUUAAUUAAUAUUAAGGAUUUGAUACCUGAAUUGUCUGGACGUAUAUCUGAAUGGAGGAAGAAUGGAUUUUAGAAGUGUAAAUAUCUUACGAACGUUUAAA